GCUGACCUCUUGCAUUCCCAUGGCACCCGCGGGCUGCUCAAAUGUCAUGAUGCCGACGCGGAAACGAGGCUUGUCCGAACGAAGCAGACUUGGCGACAUUCGUCCCAUUUGGUCGCUGGCACAAGAAGCUGCUGUGCCCAACUUUACAGCACAUACAGAGCUCACACACAGGAUAGAGACAUACUGUCGCCUGGUUGCAGUAGAGCAGAGAACGUGUCAGCGUCGGUGAGACCGAAACUUCUCCCAGCCAACAACAUUUCGAGAUGCUGGCAGGACAUGCGGCCGAUGCCCCGGCACCGUCUCGCCGGCGGCGACAGUCUUUGUACAUGAGACUUCAAGCGGACGAGAAGGAAGGCGAGGAGGUUUCUGUGAGGUCCUUGUUGGAUACGCUGAAGAGCCAAGUCCUGCUCGUGCUGACGAGCUUCUACAAAGACUUCACGACUUCAUAUCAACAUCGCAUCGAUUUGCGCGAUGAUAUAGCAUCUGUACGCGACCAGCUGGAGGAGAUGGGGCCGCCUGAGAAGACUAACCUGCAUGCAAAACGAGAAAACGAGCUGAUGGGAGAUACAAUCACAUUCUUGGAGGCUCUGACGAAAAUACAUGCAGAGAUUCAAGGCAUGGAUCAGCUUGUCGAUACGGGCGAGUUUGUCAGCGCGGCCGACUCGAUAGUAGAGAUGACCAGAUUGCUGGAGACCGUUGAUCGGUUCGCAAAAAGAUGCGGUUGUCCGCCUGAUAUCGUGAAAGCAGUGAAGAUGCAAGUCAUCUCAAAAAGCUCACAUCUUCAACAAAAGUUGCAAGAGCUGUUCGUAGCCGCCUUUGUCUUGACUAGUGGGGCCGAUGGUUGCGAGUUGCGAGCUGCCACUCGCUUGCUCGCUACAAUUGGACAGAACUACUUCGACAGUCCAAUAAAGUCAUACGAUGUCCUCGUGGCUAUGGAGCGGAUGGGCACUUUGGACUCUGCAAUACGGCGGUUGUCGAAGCGGCUCAUCUCAACGAUUGUUACCCACAUCAUCAAUCAUCCAUCCGAAGACAUCAAUGUGACGCGGACAAGGAUAGCGUUGAGCAUUCGGGUGGGAUUCACGCCGAAAUCUUUACAUGAGGUAGACACUAAACAUGAUCGAAAAACCGUAUCCAGAAUACUAGCCAGCGUGCUGAAACUGGCCCAAGCACUGAAAGAGGACGUGUUGAGCGCUCCGCUUUCAUCCGAGCACUCAUAUGAUGCCUUUCGGGUGUUUGCCAAGAUAUGGGGGCAUGAUUUAUGCGACGAGCUGGUCCGUUCCUGCCUUACCAGGUCAAUACCUGAUAACCAGGCCGCAUUUGAUGAAUAUGCUACUUUGGUGGAGGAUGUUCAGGGUUUUGAUCAGGGAAUGAGGAAUCUAGGCUACUUUGAGGACGAUAAGAACCCGCUCGUACAGUUUGUUGCUAAAAUCCAGCGACACUAUGCACAUAAACAACGGUCCGAGCUUUUGGUUCUGGUACGAGACGUGCUAGAGAGUGAUGAUCGGAAUACGGUCCAGGUUCCCGGCCCAUUGGAGAAAGAUAUCUUUGCGACAACGUCCGAGACGAAGGCAGCCAAAGAACAAACAAGCGGUAGCAAUCCGAACGGCAAAGGAGGCCAGAAAGAUGGACUUGAGAUUCCUGAUAUGGAUUUCAAGUUCCCUACCUGCCACGUGAGCGUUCAAGCGCAGACAAUCGUCGAGCUCGCAAUCCAGACUCUCGAGGAGGUCACUGAUGCGCCGGAUGCUGCCAAACUGAACGCCUUCUACUGCGCCCGAGAUAUCUUCGACGCUUAUCGUGCCAUUUUGCCCGUGCAUCACGCCGACUCGCUCGAAAACGAUCCGGGGAGGACCAUGCUGUUCCACAACGACUGCGAGUACAUAUCCUUCCAUCUGUUGAUCCUGGGAUACAGGUACCAUAAGAACCUGCCGUACCCGUUGACGGAGAUGGGGACCUUUGUGGAUCUUGUGCCGAGCUUUAGGAAGAUGGGCGAGGGGUAUUUCAGGAACCAGAUGCGAAAACAACGAGACAUACUGCUUGCCAAAGUGGCCGACGCGCAAGGAUUCCACAACCUCGGCGACGACGAACGUUGUGAAACCGUUGAAGAAGCCAUCAAGGCCACUCUGUACCAUCUGCAAACGCUAUCCAAAGCCUGGAAGCCAAUCAUGGCCAGUCGUCUCUACUUCCAAUCCAUCGGCCUGCUCCUCAACGUCCUCCUGCACGGUCUCCUCAAAGAACUAGCCAAACUCUCAUAUCCCCAGUCUUCAACUUCACCAUCAUCAGCGGAUACGAAAGCAAACGACGAUGCUCCGGAGGUUGCGUGGACAAGACAGGAAGCCCAUCAGCUGCGAUACCUGCUAUCGCUAAUUGACAAGACCGAACAGUAUUUUGAGACUGUUUCAGGGGCGGGGAAGGCGAAGACGGUUGAGAAGGCGCCUAUCCCGAAAUACGUCCCGCUCUGGGAACCCACCCGCGAGAUUGUGCAGCUCUUGGACACGCAACCCGCGGCGACCGUGCUGCAACGCGUGACAGCAGCACUGCAGGCCGCGGGAGCGACGUUGGAAAUGAGUUGAAGUGCAUGUAACUGACAUGUAGCAGACGUAGUAUUAGGACUCCAUGACAACCACACCCUUUGAGGUGUCGGGAUUUCCGCCACUUCGCCCCUCCGAAUCUGGGGAC